CACAUCAACAUCACAUAUCGCCAGAACUUCGGACGAUUCAUCUUUAACACAUAUAAGAUGCAUGACGCAGACCCUACAUCGCAAUCUAAUUAUCUGCAGAUCGCUACGAACCACAUCACUUUUGAUUGGACGGUUGAUUUUGAUAACAAGGUCAUCAUAGGCACUGCAACACAUGAUCUGGUUGCAAAAGCUGAUGAAGUCUCAGAGGCGAUCUUCGAUACCUCGUAUCUGCAUAUCGAGGGAGUCAAAGUUGGGGGGAAUGCGGUCCAAGACUUCACACUUGGUCCUAAGCAUGAAGUAAUGGGAUCUGCGCUGCGUGUCCCCCUUCCUCGGACUGCGAGUGCCGGCUCGAGUAUCUCGGUUGAGAUCACGUACAGGACGACUGCGAAUGGCACAGCCUUGCAAUUCCUUGAAAAAGAGCAGACCCAGGGAAAAUCCUUCCCAUUCCUAUUCAGCCAGUGUCAGCCCACUCACGCGCGAGACCUUGCUCCUGUGCAAGAUACCCCGUCCGUUAAAGUGACGUAUAGCGCCAGCGUCCGUUCUGUGCUUCCUGUGCUUCUAUCUGCAAGACGGGUCUCUCCGCCCUCAGAUGGUCCAGCCCAUGAUGGCAAGGUCAUUGGCAAGGAUGAAGUUGUAUAUAUGUACGACCAGCCUACCCCGAUUCCGUCAUACCUUCUCGCGAUCGCCGCAGGAAAUUUGCAGUACCAGCCAUUCCAGGUUCCUGAAGGAAAACUAUGGAAGUCUGGAGUUUGGUCUGAGCCUGAGCUUAUGGCCGAUUCGUUUUGGGAGUUCAGCCGAGAUACCACCAGUUUUCUGGCGGCUGCAGAGGAUAUUGCCGGGCCAUACCAAUUUGGGGUUUACGAUCUGCUGGUUCUUCCGCCAUCCUUUCCUUAUGGCGGCAUGGAAAAUCCAUGUUUGACCUUUGUGACACCCACCCUUCUUGCUGGAGACAGGUCUCUGACAGACGUGGUGAUCCAUGAACUUACACAUUCAUGGUUUGGGAAUGGUAUUACGCAUGCUCACGCUUCUCACUUCUGGCUUAACGAAGGCUGGACAACGUAUAUCGAACGUGUGCUGCUACAAAUUAUACAUUCACCUGCACACCGCGGCCUAUCUUCUAUAAUUGGAUACAAAGCACUCCUAGAUGCCCUUGCACUCUUCGAAGACAAACCCAAAUACCAAAAGUUGGUUGUCGACUUUGACUACGGGGAGAAUCCAGAUUCUGCCUACAGUCGAGUACCUUACGAUAAAGGCGCAAACUUCCUGUUGCACAUUGAGCGUACGCUUGGUGGCCUUGAAGUCUUUCUACCCUACGUCAAGGACUACAUCGCUACUUACAUGGGUCACAGCAUCACCACAGAGAUAUGGAAGAACCACCUUUAUGCCUACUUUCAGAAGAAUGGCGGCGAGGUAAAAAUCAAAGCAUUGAACAGCAUUAACUGGGAUGCAUGGCUUCAUCAAAGUGGACUUGAUUUACCUGUCAAGAUGGAAUAUGAUUUGACUCUGGCGAAUCCUGCAAACGCGCUUGCUGACCGGUGGUAUGAAUCGCGCCACACUAUGGACAUUUCGAAGCUAGAUUUCAAAGCUUCUGAUUUAGAUAACCUGGAUGCUAAUCAAAGAGCUGUCUUCCUCGAACGAUUGGAGAGUUACAACGAAUCUCUUCCUGCGCCUCACCUUUUCCAUUUAGACAAAUUAUACAGCUUCUCAAAGACUCUCAGCGCCGAAAUCCGGUUCAGAUUUUAUAACUUGGUGCUCAAGUCCCAGGCAGCAAAGCAUUUUGUUCAAGAAGCAGCAAAUUGGGUUAUUGGGGUGGAUGCCACAGGCGUCAUCAAGGGCCGCAUGAAGUUUUGCAGACCUGUGUUUAGAGCGAUGUCCAAGGUUGACCACGACCUCGCUAUAUCAACGUUCAGGCAGGCACAGACGCAGUUUCAUCCCAUUGCGCAGAGUCUCAUUGCGCAGGACCUUGGACUGAACCUGGCUGAAAGAUAGCACAUAGAUCAAAGAAGUUGAGCAAAAAAGGAUGUUGUUACUUGCUAUGUGGGGCCUUGACGACCUAUGUAUGUACUUGUAUCGGAUCUCAGGCCUAGGCCUCAGGAGCGGCGGGAGACAGUCUGAGACAGCUGCCCAAACUUGGUGACGUCGGACUUAUUUUUGGACCUGCUAAGUACUGUCACAAUACAGCCGAAUGUCACG